AUGAAGCGCGCAUGGCGCAAUUAUCCAAAAGCCACAUUGUCCCAGGCUUAUAUAGGACGAUGGAGCCGCCCGAGCUAUUCUCACUAUCACAUCCUAUCUAAUCGGAACCCCGGCACUGUCUCUGGGAAGAAAACUUGCAUCACCGACUGUCGAUCAAAAGAGAAGACAUUCUUGUAUAGAUACCAACGGCCGCGGAACUUUGUCACUACAGCUAUUCCCUCUCUGCUUGUGCCGCCCCUUAUUUUCGUCGGCCUCUUGCUCGCUCUAUGGACAUGGAAAUGCUUCUGGAUCGUUGUUUUGCAAGACAAACUUCUAUACCUUUCAUGGUUGCCGCCGCUUGCACGGUCCGAGAAGAUCGCAGACUACGAGGCCGAAUGCAGGCCGGUCCAGUGGACGGAGAAGCAGAUCCGGAGUCUGGACGGGACUAAGUUAGCGGUAUGUGAAGGUCGCAUCCCAGCCCACAGCCGCAGUAGUCGUGUUGCAUCCGCGACACUUGGAGAAGGCUAUCCGCAAAGUACGGCGACAAAUAAAGGAAAAUCAGUCGUCAUAUGUUAUUUCCAGGGGAAUGGUGGUUCAACCCCCCUUCGUUUGCCGCUUCUCUCUCAGGUUCUACGAACAAUCAAAGAAAAGUCGAAGUCUAUGCCGUUAUCUACAUCUUCAUCAGUAGGCACUGAGUUCACCAUAGUGGCCUUAUCAUAUCGCGGCUACUGGACUUCCUCGGGUCGCGCAACGCAGUCCGGCAUUGAGCUUGAUGCGCAGGCGUUCCUCGACUGGGUAUUGGAAACGUAUACCGCACCAGACACCGAUCUGGAGGUCGUCCUCUGGGGACAUAGUCUCGGCGCGGCCAUUGCGAGUAGUGCUACUGCCACAUAUCUCUCCCGUCACGGUAGCGACCAGUCACCUGUGAAUGAGAUGAAUGAGAUGGGACUCCCUCCUCCAGUAAACAUCGCUGGACUGAUUCUGGAAGCACCGUCCUCCAGUAUCAAGGACAUGCUUAUAAGUCUAUACCCACAGAAAUGGCUUCCGUAUAGAUAUUUGUGGCCCUUUUCGUGGAACCACUGGAGUUGUACCACCGCGAUGGAGAGGAUUGCUCGCUGGCGGGACCAGAAUAAGGAGCAAAGCAAUGCGAUCAUUCAUGGGGGUAGGUCAGGAGUGACGAUGCUGCCCGGGUCUAAGCGCCUUUGUACAAGCUCAGGGUCCUCUCGUUCGCCUCCUCCAAUUCUUCUGCUUUCCGCAGGGAGUGACGAGGUGAUCCCGCCCCAUGUAGCGGAUCAAUUGGAAUUAGAUGGGGAAAGACUUGGACUAGAGCUUGAGAGAAAAGACGUACGGGGGGCAUUGCACACGGAGGCACCUGUCAAGGUGGGUGGUAGGGAGGCGUUGGUUAACUUUAUCAUUCAGAAUACCUCCCAAAGGCAGAGGUAG